AUGUCAGGUGCCCUUGACACAGAGUGCGUUCAACGAGCCGCCGCUAGGACUUCGCACGUCUCACUCUCUGACGGAGUUGUUGGGCAGCCGCGUACGAAGGUCGCCUACAUUGACGUCGUGCCUUCUUCCCUCUUCCUCACAAAGUUGGAUGAAAAACGAAUUCGUGAAUGUGUGAAAAGGCUGGCAGAACUGUUUGCUGAUUCUUCUGCCGCAGUCAGCAUGCUGCAUUUUGCGGAGACUAAAAAGAGUCAAAAGCUUUCGGGCACUCCCUUGUCUCAGUUGCCCCAAAAGUCUCUCUGGUGGAACUGCCUCCCAGAUCCCGAAAAUCUAUGUUCCACAACCGAGGACGGGACUGGUGAGACAGUCUACGUACGGGCUUGGCAGCCUAUCCUGCGUCUGAAGCGUGCCUACGAAACCCUCCGUCCACAGCAGGUGGAAGUUAGUCGCCUAUCGUCGGGGCUCUUCGCUUCUGACGAUACUUCAACGCCAGAACUGCCUCCUCAUCAUCAGGGGGACGGUUUUAGCUUACAGUUUCGUAUAGGCGCCCCCGUCAACGCUGCUGCACAGGACCUCUUCAUUGCUACCCCACCUUCACUGCCAUCUGCCCUAAACGUGUCCUUGGAGAUCUGCCGUUCCUGGGUGGAGACCAAUCGCCACGACACCCAGUCUAACCUCUCGGUGGUAACCUUG